ACGUGCGUGACUUUGUUUACAUUAGUACUCGACCUGCGCAGAGCGCGAGGAGAUACAUCCACUCUGUUUACUGCCACUGGCAGUCAGGAGGGAACGAAACAGAACAGAAGAGUGAGAAAAAAUUCACCCCCCCUCAGAGUUGUCAUGAGUAUAAACUAGAUAAUUUAGACAAAAAACAUGUUUUGGUUCCAGGCUGUAAACAUGUUUAUUUCUGCUGUGAAAUUGGCAUUUUUAACAUGGGAGUCAAAGAGGAUUUGCUCGCUUCUGGUACCAGCUCCCAGCGGAUGAGGGUGGAACUGCAAUUUUUCUUACUUCCGGGAUGGGACCAUUUUUGGAGCCGCAUUGUGGGGGCUUGGGAGCAGCAGAGAGGUUCACACAGAAGAGAAAGACAUCAGACAAUGGGACACAAUGAGCUGUGGAUCGUUUAAAUACCUGUUUUCUUCCCAUGCUGUCACUGCUCAUAAACAGCUGACCGGAGCAGGCUGCUCGUGUCAGCAUCCACAGCAGCAGCAGCUUCCCUCCUGCAUCCCUCUCAGCUCUUAGCAUCACUAUCACGGUGCCACGGUACCGGAUCAGCCUGUAGCACUUCCUCCUCCGCCUCUGUAGCCGGGACCGACUACGUCCCGUUGCUCCAGUCCCGCCAACCUGAGUUGAAGUGACUCGGACGGCAGGCUGGUCCCCGGGUGGAAGCUCUCACCGCCGGAUAGCAGGAGCUUACCAGACACCUCCUAGAGUCCCGCAAAGACUGAAUCUACUCUCUUGUGGGCUCUUCAUCUUCAACUCAGGGAACAGCGUGGACCCAUUUCCUGUCUUGGGUCUCAGAACGGCGCUUGUAGGACUCAGACCGGAAACGGCACGUCUAUCCUGAAGCCAACCACAAGCAGACUGAAAACAGACGAGUCACAGAUUCUUCUUUCCCCUGCUUGCACAGAGAGGUCUCUGUGCAGUAAGUGGUUUCCAUGUCGAAGUCGGCCCAGAUGCCGCUGUCCAACAUCACUGUGCCAAAGCCCUCCAUCUCCAGGGUUCCCAGCAGCAUGGAGGGCAUCAACCAUGAGCUGGAGAAAGUCUUCAUCAAAGACAACAGUGAAAAGGAGGAGCUGAAGUCCUUGGAGGUUCCUGAUGGGCGUCGGGCACCCUUCCCUCCCCAGCAGCGCAGCAGCAGUUCCCGUGGCAUGGACACCCAGACUCCAUCGGCCCCUGGGAGGUCCAGCAGCUGCUCCAGCCUGUCACCAUGUCCCUCCCCAGCCUGUCCUCAAGGAUCUCAUGAUGGCAGUCCGUACUCCACAGAGGAUCUCCAGUAUGAUAGAGAUAAAGACAGUGAAAGCAGCUCCCCGCUCCCCAAGUUUGCCUCCUCGCCCAAACCCAACAACAGCUACAUGUUCAAGCGCGAGCCGCCAGAAGGCUGUGAGAAGAUCAAAGCCUUCGAGGAGAUGAGCUCCAGGCAGUCUGCAUCAGCAUCCGUCCCUCUCUUCUCCUGCCCCGACAAAAACAAGGUCAACUUCAUCCCAACCGGUUCCGCGUUCUGCCCCGUCAAGCUCCCCGGCUCUCUGCACCUCACCCCAGCUUCAGAACCAGAGGAGGACGGGGAGAACACAGAGGCCGCGCCUGGGGCCGACUCCAUCGAUAGCGUCCCCACUCAGGUCUCCACGAGCACCAGCACAGACGACCCACCAGAGGAGACCAGCUUGUCCUCAGAGACUGCAGAGCUCCAGACAGAAAACCCAGCCAUCAGCUAGACCUGAGCGGAGCUGGCCUCUGGUCUCGGGGACCACCACACAUGACUGUCCCACCAACCAACAGGGAGGCCACUCUCUGUCUGUCCUGACCCCUUCCACCGAACCCCCUCUCCUGUCAAUCACUGCAUGACAGUCCCCUCAUACCCACUGGCACAGACUCGCCCCGAUGGUCCGUCCCACGUCCUGUACGAGGUGUCUGCCGGUCCAUCGGUCGGAGGCAGGUGGGGGAGGGGCAGGCAUUUUAAACUGGUAGUCUAUUUCUGAUUAAAUUAUACGUUGUGUUCUGUUUCAGCAUUCACAGUAUAAAUAAGCUCUAAACACACACACACACACACACACACCACACACACUUGUAUAGCUCCAUCAGAGGAGAGAAGAAGGUUGUUGGAAGAAUCCAAAUGAGCAGAAGCACUAUUCAGGAUCAUGUUUACACUAUCGGGUCAAAGGUGAAACUCCUUCUCAAAGGAAAAAAACUACAUUUAGGUAAACAAAAACAGGCGUCUCUUUCCUGAAUCCAACCCAGCUUCAGGUGUUUCACAAUCAGAGUCUUUACUCAGGUAAUCUGGAAUGUGUAUCCAUACAAAUCUCUUAGAACGGAUUCAUCCUCACUCCCAGAAAAACCGGUUUUCUGUUCCAGAGUCCAGCGAGGUCAGAGGUCGGAUCAGAACCCCGCGUGGUCCGGUGGUCCUGACCACACACACUGUGACUGAUUAAGUGUGUGUGCUGAUGAAAGUUUGGACUGAUUGUUGGGCAAAUUGAUGUAAUUUGGUUGUCCUGAGCCAGCUGAUUGUAGACCAGAACCAAACGGGUCUGCAGAACCUUCACACGAAGAGGCGGUCAAACAUUCUGUCCCAUACAGAAGCAGACUGGAGGUAGAGUUGGACAAACCUUUCUUAUUUGUGUUGAAUCUACACAGUUUCCUGGCCAACACUAACGAGACCAGCGCCUUCCCCAAGUGUCUCAGAGGACAGCAGUGUCCACGUUUUAGAUGUAAGACAUGAAGUUUGACAGAGGAGUGACCGAAGCCAUGCAUGGUUAAAUGAAAAGCCAGUGUUAAACCGUGGACAUGAAUCGGCCGGGAAACAAACUUUGCAGCAUUUAGCCGCCGUUCUAGUGGACGGCUUCCUUCCCACUGGCUGUGAAGUGUUUUGGAUGCAUCCACUAAGGACGACUCGCUCAUGUUUCAAGUCUUAUUUUUUUAGGCGCUACAAUUCAAGAACAGGUCAAGCUCCGUAGUUCAGAUCAGGCCAGACAGGAAUUCAAACACAAGAGGAGUGUAAACCAUCCAGAAACUUUAAAAAUAAAAGCCAUGUGCAGAUUUCCCGUUUCUUAACUAAUCAAAACCAUACGUUGCUUCCUGUGAAACCUCCACAGCCGAGGUAAACGGAACACAAAGUAAACCAUCCAUCUUUCUCCUCGCUCAUCGUGUGAACUUCUGAAAUCACGUCAUGUUGCAAUUCACCUUUGACUGUGACCUCACAGGACCAGCUGUGUGGAACGCUUUCACUCCUGUUUCUCGUGUAAAACUCUUCCCGUUGGAAGGGAACUCGCAGGUAAAACGCCUCAUGCAUCCGGUGGAAAGGAGGGGUUUGAGUUCACCUAUAGUCCUACCCAGGUGGUCUCAGUCACACCUCCGGUCAUGGAAGCUGAACGAUGGUCUGGAAUGUCGGAGACUUCCCCGACUUAUUUCUCUAUGACGACUCAUGAGUCUAGAGCCGAUUCCACUAAAGGAGUUCUGGAAAGUCUCUGGGUGGGAGAAGAGCGAACAGAAGAUAUGAUUGCUCGCUCCUUUCGGCUACAAAAUUGGGCCAUUCAGGACUUUGCCCAGACGUCAGCAUUUCGCCACUGCCUCGGUAGUGAGUGAUGUCACUGAUCAGCACCAAAAGACAUCUACAUAGAUUAAUAAUAUUAAAUGUUUUAUUCCGUCAAAGUUCACUGUAACUUCAUUAAGCCAGCGACCUACCAUGGUGUUCAACCUCUCCACCGUGUUGAGUUGUGUUACAGACCACUUCAUGCUCACAGGUCGUUCCCCCACCCCCCACGACAACCGCACAUGCUAGAACCGUUCUCAGGUGCAAUGGAACGCCACCCAAACCAUGUAGAGUUGAAUCAACCCAAACCUGCUGAUUAGGUACUGAUGGAAAUGCAGCAUUAUGUCCUAUGCUCCUGUGUCACUGUAAAUGCGUCCACGUACCAAUUCAGUGGAAUUCCUAUUGAAAAUGUACCGUUUUUUAUUUUAUUGUAUUUCGAGUCCUUUUAUGUUUUUUUUUUAAUUCAGUUUCCACUUCUAACUUUAGAGAGCUGGUAUCUGGUGUUGGACCUCAGUGGGAGGAGCCAUAGCUUGAAACUUGUUCAGGGGAAGUCCAUUCAUAGAAGAUGCACGUUUGUAUGAUCUUCAUCUCCAGUCUGCAUUCAGAGCAAAACUGAGACUUCUCCAGUGUCCCAGAACAAAGCCGAUUCAUUAAAAGCAUUCCCCUAACAGCCAAUCAGAUGGUCCGUUCCUAAAGGCUCUGUUGGUUUGUUGAUGUCUGGUUGUCAGCUGAAGGUCUGAUGGAUGCUUGGUUCUAGAUACCGUAGCACCUUCAUCUCUGUGAUGCUCAGAUUAAAGGAUUUGGCCGACCCGCCUCCUUCUCGCUCCAUCCAUCUGUCCACGUGGAGCGGUACUGGCGCCCUGGUUCUGCUUCCAAGCAACAAAACCUCCUCAGCAUCCUAUAUAUUCAGUGCAAGAGUGAAACAUAAUCCACAUUUAUUUUUAUAUCUGAUGUGCUUGUUUUGUUCAUUCCUUUUGGUUUAAAUGUGGCUUUUGAACACUUAAUGCAUUGUUGUGGUUUCUAAAGAUGUUCCAGCACCUUAUCAUGAUCUAUAGCUUUCCCAGUGUCCCACGUAUACCUGGCAUUGGUAAACUAGGUGUGUGCAAUAAUAUGAAAAAGGUGUUCUGAUCCAGGAUGUUGCCCGUUCUUUGACUGUGUCCCAUCUUGCAUUGCUUUGGUUUUGAGCGUGGAGGCUGGAUCAGCAAUUGGUUUGUCGCUAAAGCCGUGGACAACAUCAGCUCCGAGCGACUGGGUCACAUCGCUGGCAGGUCGAGAAUGUUCAACAACUCACCACACAAGACUCCAUGUGUAACCUGCAGUGUCAAAGUUCAUGCACAAAGGCAAUAAAAUCUUGGUUGUGUUGUCCAUUUUCUAGUCAGUGAUUCAUAGCAGUGAAGAACAGCUUGUUUAACCAAUACAGUCUAAAAAACACCUUCUAGAUCCGCACCAGGCCUUUCAACCAGAUGCGUAAGCAUACUGUAAUGUCCGGGAAGCAGAGGUGUGACCAAGUCACUGCUUUGCAAGUUACAAGUCUUUCCAGUCAGUUUCAAGUCAAUGAUGUGGAAGUCCAAGUCAAGUCCAUGUCUUUAACUUUGAAUUUUCAAGACAUAUUCAAGUCAUCUA